AUGAUUUCACUAGGUACAGGCUCGAACUGUCCGCCUUUAAAAGCAAAAUUCAAAGACAAUACCGUUUUCACAGCCUGGCUUGCGGAUCAUGCGAGACUUGACGAUGAUGGAGCCGACCUCUCUGCGACUGCGCCGUCGGAGGGAAUCAGUGAAACUGCGGCCGAAAUUUCUGCCCUCAUGAUCACCCCCCGGGAGUACCAGAACGAACUAUUUGAAAGGGCAAAGAAGAAAAAUACAAUCGUGGUUCUGGACACUGGGUCGGGCAAGACUCUGAUCGCCAUCAUGCUCCUUCGUCACGUUCUCGAACAGGAGCUGGAAGACAGAUCCAACGGCUGCCAUCGAAAGACGGCUUUUUUCAUUGUCGACAAAGUCGCCUUGUGCGUGCAACAAUAUCAAGUGGUCAAAUCGAACUUGCCAUUUCCAAUCACCAAGUGCUACGGCGACCUGCAGCCCAUCGAGCAGGUCCAGAGCCACUGGGACGAACUGUUUGACAAGAACAUGAUCGUCGUCUGCACCGCACAGAUGCUCCUAGACUGCCUAAGCCACGGCUUCAUCAACAUGAAGCAAAUCAACCUCCUCAUCUUCGACGAGGUCCACCACGCGAAAAAGGAGCAUCCGUACGCGGCCAUUAUGAAGCGUUACUACCCGCGCAACGACGACGCCAAGCCGCGCAUCCUCGGCCUGACCGCCUCUCCCAUCGACACAGGAACUCUCGACAUGGACGCUUCCGUGCAGCAGCUGGAGAGCCUCCUGUGCAGCGAGAUUGCGACCGUCUCGGACGAGGUCCUGGAGGCAGGCUGGGUCAAGCGCGAGCAACAGGAAAAGGUGUGCUUCUACCAGCCGCCCCAGCCUAUCCAAAACGCGUACACGGAGUUGACGGCAAUGGUGGCAGACUACGCCCGCCAUAUCCCGCAGCUCAGCAGCGCCGUGCACUGCGCCGCCAAGAUGGGGUCGGUUCUCGGCCCCUGGUGCGCCCACCGUUUCUGGCAGCUCCUCAUGACGGACAAUACGAUGAGGACCAUGACGCUGCAGUCGGCGAGGAGCAACAGGGUUUAUUUUAGCUACGAUCGGUACGACGCGGUUUCCGCCGCAUUUGAGAGCCUAGGGCCGCUCGUGAACCACCACCAGCUCACCACGCUCCCAACGGACGAAGGCGCCACCUCAUCAAAGCUUACUGUACUUCGAGAAACGUUGUGCGUUGCCUUUGAGAAGAACCGGGCGACAAAAUGCCUCGUUUUCGUCGAUGAGCAGUACGUGGCUUUAGUCCUGGCAGACUACUUUCAGCAACCUGGGACUGCUCCCAGCGGUAUGGUUGCAGACUUUAUGAUUGGUUUGUCAAGAGCGUCUGCCUUCUCCAACGUCUCCCAGCGACAGCAAAUUAUGAAGCUCAACAACUUCAAGUUCGGCGACACGAAUUGUCUCUUUGCGACGUCUGUUGCUGAGGAAGGCCUCGACAUUCCUGCCUGCGACCUGGUGAUCCGGUUCGACAUGUGCGUCUCGGCCAUUCAGUACAUCCAGUCGCGCGGCCGCGCGAGAAAAGCCUCGUCUGUUUUCAUCACGAUGAUGGAACAGGACAACAACCAACACAUGAGUCGCUUUCAAAAUGUCAAUAUCGACGCGCUCUCCCUCCGCCGUUUCUGUCAAAGCUUGCCGGCCGAUAGAAAGAUUGAAAAAUACGAGCGCCCACCGGAAAGGGAACUUUUCGUGGCAGAAACGUCCACACUGUCCAACCAAAACAGCAUGGUGGUACUCGCGCGGUUCGUGUCCACACUGGGCCAGGGGACGGAGAAGAGCCCGGCGCCAGAAUACGUCGUGUCCGGGGUGGGCACCAACUUUACCUGCUGGGUGAUUCUUCCCGACUCGGCACCUUUCAAGUCCACGUCGGGAAGCAUGGAGCGGAGCAAGAUCAAGGCCCGGUGUGCGGCGGCGUACGAGGCAUGCACGCGGCUCAUCGAUCUGGGCAGCAUCAACAAAAACCUGCAGCCGACUUUCAGAAAGAAGCUUCCCAAGAUGCGAAAUGCACGAUUGGCGCUGAGGGACAAAAAGCAAAAACAGUACGACAUGGUGAUUAAACCAAAAGUUUGGACAUCACUGCCGGCUGAGAUACCGACACAGCUUUUCCAGACCUUUAUCCAAGUCCAUCCAGACUCUGCUGGUAUCACGACCAUGACGUUGUUGACAAGAGAGAAAUUACCGGAUAUAGAGCCGAUACGGCUUUUCGUGACCAUAGAUCUCACCAUGUCAGCUACUUUGGUACCUGGCGGAGUUGUGGAAGUCUCAGCGGAGCAAGUACAGCAGCUGGCGGCGUUUACACUUUGCCUAUUUGGCCAGGUAUUCAGUAAACAAUUUGAUGCGAGGGCUGAAGAAAUUCCCUUUUACCUCGCUCCUGCUUCUGUGUCAUUACAUGGACCAGAGAAAUGCGCUGUUGACUGGCGGAGAGUAGAGCACACAGUCUUGUCUAAGAAGCGGGACCCUGAGGUCAAACCCCAAGACAUGAUGCGGCAGCAAUUUGUCGUUGAUCCCCACGACGGAUCAAGAAAAUUUUUCAUAUACGAGAUUGUCCCUACACUGCGAGCAACCGACCCGGCACCUGCCGGGAUCCCAGACCACAAGAACCCCGGCUACCAGCUCUCAGACAAAUCCAUCAUGCAGUACAGCUGCAGCACCAAACAGCCGCACCGACAAAAAAUUGUAUUUGAUACUGAACAACCCGUAUACAGGGCCUUGCUUUUGUCCUUGCGGCGCAACUUUCUAAGAAGCGACGAUGUAGAAGCCGCCAAAGAAGACCAACCAUGCUACCUCACUCUCCAAUGUCUGAAGAUAUCUCCAAUCCCGGCCGAUGUUGCUCGUGCUGCCCUGCUGCUUCCAUCUAUCCUCUACUUUGUAGACUGCACUUUAGUGGUAGGUGAAGCCCUCCAAAUGUUGGGACUCAACAUUCCCCUCCCAUUGCUUCUGCAGGCCUUUACAAAGAACGGGGUUGAUGCCGAUGACGAGGAGGACGUCAAGGCCGAUGAGGAGCACGGCGGCCAACGAAAUUAUGAGCGACUGGAGUUUCUGGGCGAUACCUUUCUGAAAAUGGGGACAACAAUUGCAAUGUAUACGCACAAAACUAACGCUACCGAAUUUGAGCAUCACGUAGACCGAAUGCUUAUGCUCUGCAACAAAAACCUGCUCAAAACGGCCUUGGAUCUGGGCCUGCAUACUUAUAUCCGCUCCGAGUCCUUUAACAGACGUACCUGGUACCCCAGCCUGCGCCUGGUGCACGGCAAGCCGACAAAGGCAAGUGCUAUACAGAACCUCGGAGACAAGACGAUUGCCGACGUCUGCGAGGCCAUCAUCGGCGCCGCUUACAUGAGUGGCGUUCCCGACGGCAACAUGGACGAGGCGGUCAAGGCGGUGACGAAGAUGGUUGCCGACCCGAACCACACAAUGCAGUGCUUCGCCGACUAUUACGCUGGCUUCUCCGUGCCGGCCUGGCACGCGAGCUCCGGCAGCGCCAGCGUGCGUGCCGCGGUGGACCGAGUGGCCGGGCUGAUCGGGUACCGUUUUCGGUCGCCGCUGCUGCUGCGCAGCGCAUUUACGCACCCGUCGUACAAGGCCGAGGAGAUUCCCGACUACCAGACGCUCGAGUUCCUGGGCGACGCGCUGCUCGACAUGGCUAUCGUGGACCACCUGUUCCGCGCGCACCCAGACGCCGGGCCGCAGUGGCUCACCGAGCACAAGAUGGGGGUCUGCAGCAACCAGUUUCUCGGAUACCUCUGCGUCAGCCUCGGUCUGCAGCGCGAGGUGCUGGCUGCGGAUGCGGCCGUCCCCGGCCAGAUCCGAUCGUUUGAGGAGCGCCUCGCGUACCUCAAGGACGCGGCCGAGACGGCCGCCGCCCAGCAAGGGCGCCCGGUCAGCAAGGGCUACUGGACGCUGGCGACGCGGCCGCCCAAGGUGCUUGCGGACGUGGUUGAGGCGCUGAUUGGUGCCAUGUUUGUCGACGCGCGGUACGACUAUGCCGUCGUCCAGCGCUUCUUUGAGGCGUUUGUCCGCCCGCACAUCGACGACAUGGACGGUUACGACGCGCUCGGCGCGGGCCACGUCGUCACGCAAGCGGCCCACGCGCUGCAGGGGUACGGAUGCCGCCGCUGGCGCUUCUGCAUGGCCGAGGUACCGUGCGAGUCGCGCACCGGGCUGCUGGCCAUCACGGCGAGCGACUACGUCUGCGCCCUCGUCAUCCACAGCAAGGUGCACUGGCAUGCCAAGGCUGCCAGCACGAUUGAUGCCAAGAGUAAAGUGGCGGCGAUGGCGCUUGGCCACCUGCACAGAGUGAGUCCGGACGCGUACCGGGCUGAGAUGGGUUGUGAUUGCGACGGAUGGGCCUAG